UUUUGGAAGUGGAUAACUGCUCAAAUUUCAAGAAUUUCAAGAGCUCUGAGGGCGCAUUUCGCGCGGACCAUGGACGAGCCGUCCGCCCUGACCAAGGCCCUGGACCUGAAUCAGCACUCUCGCUUCAUAAUCGGCUCCGUGUCCGAAGACAACUCGGAGGACGAGAUCAGCUCCUUGGUGAAGCUCGACCUGCUGGAAGAAAAGGAGGGGUCCCUGUCACCGGCCUCCGUCUGCUCGGACACCCUGUCCGACCUGGGGCUCUCCGGCCUCCAGGAUGGCCCCGGUCUGGCAGUGCACAUGAGCGAGCAAAAUGGUGACAUGUCGGUGCAGUCGAGAAGGCCCAGCAUGUCUGGCCUGCACCUGGUAAAACAAGGCCGUGAUCGAAAGAAAAUAGACCUGCAGCGAGAUUUCACUGUGGCUUCUCCAGCAGAGUUUGUGACUCGUUUUGGAGGAAAUAAAGUUAUCGAAAAGGUUCUCAUCGCCAACAACGGCAUCGCUGCCGUGAAAUGCAUGCGCUCUAUCCGCCGGUGGUCUUACGAGAUGUUUAGAAAUGAGCGGGCCAUUCGAUUUGUGGUCAUGGUCACCCCUGAAGAUCUGAAAGCCAACGCAGAGUACAUUAAGAUGGCAGACCAUUACGUGCCGGUGCCAGGGGGCACGAACAACAACAACUAUGCCAACGUGGAACUGAUUCUCGAUAUCGCGAAAAGGAUUCCCGUGCAAGCAGUGUGGGCUGGCUGGGGUCACGCUUCCGAGAAUCCCAAGCUUCCCGAACUCCUCCUGAAAAACGGCAUUGCUUUUAUGGGUCCUCCAAGCCAAGCCAUGUGGGCUUUGGGUGAUAAAAUCGCUUCCUCCAUUGUGGCCCAGACUGCAGGCAUCCCCACUCUUCCCUGGAGUGGCAACGGUCUUUCUGUCGCCUGGCAGGAGAAUGAUUUUCAGAAACCCAUCUUGAACGUUCCCCAGGAGGUGUACGAAAAGGGUUAUGUGAAGGAUGUGGAUGAUGGGAUGCUGGCGGCUGAGAAAGUUGGAUACCCAGUGAUGAUCAAGGCUUCAGAAGGAGGAGGGGGGAAAGGGAUCAGAAAAGUCAACAAUGCGGAUGACUUCCCUAACCUCUUCAGACAGGUUCAAGCCGAGGUGCCCGGCUCGCCCAUCUUUGUGAUGAGACUGGCCAAACAGUCCCGUCACUUGGAAGUGCAGAUUCUGGCCGAUCAGUACGGCAACGCCAUCUCCCUCUUCGGCCGUGACUGCUCCGUUCAGCGCAGGCACCAGAAGAUCAUCGAAGAAGCUCCGGCCACCAUCGCGACUUCCGACGUUUUCGAGCGCAUGGAAAAGUGCGCAGUGAAGCUGGCCAAGAUGGUUGGCUACGUGAGCGCCGGCACGGUGGAGUACCUCUACAGCCAGGACGGCAGCUUUUACUUCCUGGAACUGAAUCCCCGGCUCCAGGUGGAGCACCCCUGUACGGAGAUGGUGGCCGACGUGAAUCUGCCUGCCGCCCAGCUCCAGAUCGCCAUGGGAAUUCCCCUUUACCGAAUCAAGGACAUACGCAUGAUGUAUGGGGUGUCCCCCUGGGGCGACGUCCCCAUUGAUUUUGAGAACUCCGCCCACGUCCCCUGCCCCCGGGGCCAUGUCAUCGCGGCACGGAUCACCAGUGAGAAUCCAGACGAGGGUUUUAAACCUAGUUCGGGAACAGUCCAGGAGCUGAAUUUCCGCAGUAACAAGAACGUCUGGGGAUAUUUUAGCGUUGCGGCUGCCGGGGGACUUCACGAGUUUGCAGAUUCUCAGUUUGGCCACUGCUUCUCCUGGGGAGAAAACAGAGAGGAAGCUAUUUCGAACAUGGUGGUGGCCCUGAAGGAGCUGUCCAUCCGAGGGGACUUCCGAACCACCGUCGAGUACCUCAUCAAAUUGUUGGAGACGGAGAGCUUCCAGCAGAACAGAAUCGAUACCGGCUGGUUGGACAGACUGAUAGCCGAGAAAGUCCAGGCAGAGCGGCCUGACACCAUGUUGGGGGUCGUGUGUGGAGCCCUGCACGUAGCCGACGUGAGCUUGCGGAACAGCGUCUCCAACUUCCUGCAUUCCCUGGAGAGGGGUCAAGUACUGCCCGCUCAUACGCUUCUGAACACGGCAGACGUAGAGCUGAUCUAUGAAGGGGCCAAGUAUGUAUUGAAGGUGACCCGGCAGUCCCCCAACUCCUACGUGGUGAUCAUGAACGGCUCCUGCAUGGAAGUGGACGUUCAUCGGCUGAGCGACGGCGGGCUGCUUCUGUCCUACGACGGCAGCAGCUACACCACCUACAUGAAAGAAGAGGUGGACAGGUACCGCAUCACGAUCGGCAACAAGACGUGUGUGUUCGAGAAGGAGAACGACCCUUCGGUGCUGCGCUCCCCUUCGGCCGGGAAGCUGAUCCAGUACAUCGUGGAAGACGGGGGUCAUGUCUUUGCAGGCCAGUGCUACGCCGAGAUCGAGGUGAUGAAGAUGGUGAUGACUCUGACAUCCGUGGAGUCAGGCUGCAUCCAUUAUGUCAAGCGGCCCGGGGCCGCCCUCGACCCUGGCUGCGUGAUUGCCAAACUGCAGCUGGACAACCCUACCAAAGUUCAGCAGGCCGAACUGCACACCGGGAUUUUACCACGGAUCCAGAGUACGGCCCUGCGUGGCGAGAAACUCCACCGAGUCUUCCACUACGUCUUGGACAACCUCGUCAACGUAAUGAGUGGCUACUGUCUCCCGGACCCCUUCUUCAGCAGCAGGGUGAAGGAUUGGGUUGAACGGCUGAUGAAGACUCUGAGAGACCCUUCCUUGCCUCUCUUGGAGCUGCAGGACAUCAUGACCAGUGUCUCCGGACGAAUCCCCCCAAAUGUGGAGAAGUCCAUCAAAAAGGAGAUGGCCCAGUACGCCAGCAACAUUACAUCUGUCCUCUGCCAGUUUCCCAGCCAACAGAUUGCCAAUAUCUUGGACAGCCAUGCGGCCACUCUGAACCGCAAGUCUGAGAGAGAGGUUUUCUUCAUGAAUACGCAGAGCAUUGUGCAACUUGUGCAGAGGUACCGGAGUGGCAUUCGAGGCCACAUGAAGGCCGUGGUGAUGGACCUGCUCCGGCAGUACCUGCGAGUGGAGACUCAGUUCCAGCAUGGUCACUAUGACAAGUGUGUGUUUGCCCUUCGGGAGGAGAACAAGAGUGACAUGAACACUGUGCUGAAUUACAUCUUCUCCCACGCUCAGGUCACCAAGAAGAACCUGCUGGUCACGAUGCUCAUUGACCAGUUGUGUGGCCGGGAUCCCACCCUGACCGAUGAACUGCUGAACAUCCUCACCGAGCUGACCCAGCUCAGCAAGACCACCAAUGCCAAAGUGGCCCUGCGAGCCCGACAGGUUCUAAUAGCCUCCCACUUACCGUCCUACGAACUGCGUCAUAACCAAGUGGAGUCCAUCUUUCUGUCCGCGAUUGACAUGUACGGACACCAGUUCUGCAUCGAGAACCUGCAGAAACUUAUCUUGUCUGAAACAUCCAUUUUUGAUGUCCUCCCAAAUUUCUUCUACCACAGUAACCAGGUGGUGAGAAUGGCAGCUCUGGAGGUAUAUGUCCGAAGGGCUUAUAUCGCCUAUGAGCUCAACAGUGUACAGCAUCGUCAGCUGAAGGACAACACGUGCGUGGUGGAAUUUCAAUUCAUGCUUCCUACAUCCCAUCCAAAUAGAGGGAACAUCCCCACGCUAAACAGAAUGUCCUUCUCCUCCAACCUCAACCACUAUGGCAUGGCUCACAUGGCCAGCGUCAGCGACGUGCUGCUGGACAACUCGUUCACCCCGCCGUGCCAGAGGAUGGGGGGGAUGGUCUCCUUCCGAACCUUCGAAGACUUCGUCAGGAUCUUCGAUGAAGUGAUGGGCUGUUUCUGUGACUCCCCUCCUCAAAGCCCCACAUUCCCCGAGGCGGGCCACACAUCCCUUUAUGAUGAAGAAAAGGCUGCGAGAGAUGAACCGAUACACAUCCUCAAUGUGGCCAUCAAGACGGACUGUGACAUCGAGGACGAUGGGCUGGCGGCCAUAUUCAGAGAGUUUACCCAAUGCAAGAAAGCUGUCCUCAUAGAACAUGGGAUCCGUCGACUUACCUUCCUCGUAGCACAAAAGGAUUUCAGAAAACAGGUCAACUAUGAGGUGGAUCAAAGAUUUCAUAGAGAGUUCCCCAAAUUUUUCACGUUCCGAGCGAGAGAUAAGUUUGAGGAGGAUCGCAUCUACCGACACUUAGAGCCCGCACUGGCUUUUCAGCUGGAGCUCAACCGGAUGCGAAACUUCGACCUCACCGCCAUCCCGUGCGCCAAUCACAAGAUGCACUUAUACCUGGGGGCGGCCAAGGUGGAAGUGGGUACAGAAGUCACCGACUACAGGUUCUUCGUGAGGGCCAUCAUCAGGCAUUCGGACCUGGUCACCAAGGAAGCCUCCUUUGAGUAUCUGCAGAACGAAGGAGAACGCCUGCUCCUGGAAGCCAUGGAUGAGCUGGAGGUUGCUUUCAACAACACGAAUGUCCGCACCGACUGCAACCACAUCUUCCUCAACUUUGUGCCCACCGUCAUCAUGGACCCCUCCAAGAUCGAGGAGUCCGUGCGGAGCAUGGUGAUGCGCUAUGGGAGUCGGCUCUGGAAACUCCGAGUCCUUCAGGCGGAACUGAAAAUCAACAUUCGCCUGACUCCGACCGGAAAAGCCAUUCCCAUCCGCCUCUUCCUCACCAAUGAAUCCGGCUAUUACCUGGACAUUAGCCUUUACAAGGAAGUGACCGAUUCCAGGACAGCACAGAUUAUGUUCCAGGCCUACGGAGACAAACAGGGACCACUUCAUGGCAUGCUAAUCAAUACCCCCUACGUGACCAAGGACCUACUGCAAUCUAAGCGGUUUCAGGCCCAGACCUUAGGAACGACUUACAUCUAUGACAUUCCGGAGAUGUUUCGACAGUCUCUGCUUAAACUCUGGGAGUCCAUGGCUGCUCAGGCAUUCCUGCCAUCACCGCCCCUGCCUUCCGACAUACUGACGUAUACCGAACUGGUGUUGGACGAUCAAGGUCAGCUGGUGCAUAUGAACAGGCUUCCAGGAGGAAAUGAGAUCGGCAUGGUAGCCUGGAAAAUGACUCUUAAGAGCCCCGAGUACCCAGAGGGCAGAGACAUCAUCGUCAUCGGCAACGAUAUCACUUACCGAAUUGGGUCCUUUGGGCCACAGGAGGACAUCUUAUUUCUGAGGGCCUCUGAGCUUGCCAGAGCACAAGGUAUCCCCCGCAUUUACGUGGCGGCGAACAGCGGAGCGAGGAUUGGGUUAGCCGAAGAGAUCCGCCACAUGUUUCAAGUGGCUUGGGUGGAUCCUGCCGAUCCGUACAAGGGAUACAAGUACUUGUAUCUGACUCCUCAAGAUUACAAGAAAGUCAGUGCCCUGAACUCGGUUCACUGUGAGCAUGUGGAGGAUGAAGGAGAAUCCAGGUACAAGAUAACAGAUAUUAUCGGGAAGGAAGAUGGCUUUGGAGCAGAGAACUUGAGAGGCUCUGGGAUGAUUGCUGGAGAGUCCUCAUUGGCCUACGACAAGAUAAUCACCAUCAGCUUGGUUUCAUGUCGGGCCAUUGGGAUUGGGGCAUAUCUUGUCCGAUUGGCCCAGAGAACUAUCCAGGUUGAGAACUCACAUUUGAUUUUGACGGGAGCUGCAGCCCUUAAUAAAGUGCUUGGACGGGAAGUGUAUACCUCCAACAAUCAGCUUGGGGGCAUCCAGAUUAUGCACAACAAUGGGGUGACGCAUAGCACUGUGUGCGAUGACUUUGAAGGGGUUCUGACCAUCCUCCACUGGCUAUCCUACAUGCCGAAGAAUGUUUACAGUCCAGUUCCUAUGCUCAGCUCCAAGGAUCCUAUAGACCGAAUCAUUGAAUUUGUCCCAACCAAAGCCCCAUAUGAUCCCCGCUGGAUGCUGGCAGGACGGCCACACCCAAGCCAGAAAGGCCAGUGGUUGAGUGGAUUUUUUGACUACGGCUCCUUCUCAGAGAUUAUGCAACCUUGGGCCCAGACCGUAGUGGUUGGUCGAGCCAGGCUGGGAGGAAUACCUGUAGGAGUGGUUGCCGUAGAAACCAGAACAGUGGAGCUAAGUAUCCCAGCUGAUCCUGCAAACCUGGAUUCUGAGGCCAAGAUCAUCCAGCAGGCUGGCCAGGUUUGGUUCCCAGACUCGGCCUUCAAGACGUAUCAAGCUAUCAAGGACUUCAACCGGGAGGGGCUGCCUCUGAUGGUGUUUGCCAACUGGAGAGGUUUUUCUGGUGGAAUGAAAGACAUGUACGACCAGGUGCUGAAGUUCGGCGCCUACAUCGUGGACGGCUUACGCGAGUGCUCCCAGCCGGUACUGGUUUACAUCCCUCCUCAGGCCGAACUCCGGGGAGGGUCCUGGGUCGUGAUCGAUCCCACCAUCAACCCCCGGCACAUGGAGAUGUACGCCGACCGGGAAAGCAGGGGAUCGGUCCUGGAACCAGAGGGGACGGUGGAAAUCAAAUUCCGCAGAAAGGAUUUGGUGAAAACCAUGCGCCGAGUGGACCCAAUCUACAUCCACCUGGCUGAGCGACUAGGCACCCCAGAGCUCAGCCCCGCCGAGCGGAAGGAGCUGGAAGCCAAGCUGAAGGAGCGGGAGGAGUUCCUCACUCCCAUUUACCACCAGGUCGCCGUGCAGUUUGCCGACUUGCACGACACACCGGGCCGGAUGCAGGAGAAAGGGGUCAUUAACGACAUCCUGGACUGGAAAACGUCCCGGACCUUCUUCUACUGGAGACUGAGGCGCCUCUUGCUGGAGGACUUGGUGAAGAAGAAGAUCCACGACGCCAACCCCGAGCUGACAGACGGACAGAUCCAAGCCAUGUUGAGGCGCUGGUUUGUGGAAGUCGAGGGAACGGUGAAGGCCUAUGUGUGGGACAACAACAAGGAUCUGGUGGAAUGGCUAGAGAAGCAGCUAAAUGAAGAGGAAGGCGCCCGCUCGGUGGUCGAUGAAAACAUCAAGUACAUCUCCAGAGAUUACGUACUCAAGCAGAUCCGUAGCUUGGUGCAGGCCAAUCCAGAGGUGGCCAUGGAUUCCAUCGUCCACAUGACCCAGCACAUCUCGCCGACUCAACGGGCGGAAGUCGUGCGGAUCCUCUCGACGAUGGAUUCCCCUCCUUCGACGUAGGGCCGGCGGGAGCCCGCCUCCCUCCCUCUCUUCCUCCCUCCGCCCGAUCCCGUUCCCUCCCUCCGGCCCUCCCCUCUGUAUGGUGACCGGGGCGUCCCCGCUCCUUGGCUGGGAUUGCCGUAGAGAGGGGAGGAAACAAAAUGCGGCACUGAAGUGAACAAGUGGCAUUUUUACCUCCCUUUGGGACUAUUCUGGGUAGCCUGGAUGCCCAAAAGGCUCCAGAGAGCUUCUCCGGGACUGGGACCAAGGUCCUGUUAGGUAUUUAUUGAACAGAAAUUGCUCCCACAACCGCCGUCCUGCCACACUCAAAUGGGAAAAGGCAAUGAAGGGUACAGAUUGGUGCCAUGAGGCCUUACCAGCGAUGUGUGAGCCAGGGCUCCGGGCCAGGCUUCCCCGUGCUCGGACUUUGAGGGGCGCGAUGGCCCACAGUCGGCCGCCCCCACCUCGGAAGGCUUCACCCCCAGACGGUUGCGGCGGCGACGAGGAAACUCCACUUGGGUCUCAUCCAGUGGUGUCCCCAGGCCUCACCAGAUCUCCAUUUGGUUUCUGCUUUUUUUUUUUUUAAUCCUAUGACAAGAAUAACUGGAACUCAAAAGACUGACCACAGGCACCAGGGGAGCCGCGGGCAAUAGCAAUCAUGGAAAUGGGGAGGGAGAAAGGAGACAGUAGUGACAGUGGCCUUUGUCCCCCACUGCCGCCAGUAAGUCAUCACUGGUCGAGCAAGUACGGGGAUUACUUUGUAUUGGGCCCCAGGCAUCCGCAUCAUCCCCGGGAUUCUACUUUUGGCCCCAAGAAAGGGCGGUCAGGCCCCGUUCUCGGAGGUUUGGCAUUCACGGGCUUCGGCCUACCUACCCUCGGCCGAUGCCCGGAAGGGAAAGGGGCCGGCCUUUCCGUUUCAGAGCCAUUCAGCACUUGGCAACUGACCCAGUCACGUUCCUAGUCCCACCCUUGGCCUCGCUCACUAGAGCUGCCCUGCACCCCAUCCCCUUUCCCACCUUAGGACCUGAGGGAGGGGAAUUUUCAGGAGCCGACUGACAGGAAGUCAAAACGUGUCCGAACAAGGCUGGGGCAGGGGAGGCUUCCUGAGGGCAACAGAACCCUCCUUGCCUGUCUUUUUCUGGAUCCGGCAGUAGCGGAGCUGCUGCCGGUUUCCGAGGUUAGUGGUUCUCUCCCCUUCCCCUCUCCCGCUGCCCGAUGCUCAGGUUGAGGGAAGAGUGUUAACUCUCAAUUGAACGAGAUCUUACCUUGUACCGGGUAUCUGGAAUAUCCCAGGGACAAAAGCGGUAUUCCCUAAUUUUAACCUAAAGAAAACAGAGUGAGGGUUGCAUAGGAGAGGCAGCAGCUCCCAUCGGAUGAUGGUUAAUUUUCCCAAAUGGUACCUCAAGGGCUGGCAAAGGAGUAAACAGCAAAGAUACCGUUUCAAAGAAUGCAGCUGCAUUUACAACAAGCUGCAACUCCGCGCCUUAACUCUACAAUUUAAAUUUAACAACAGAAGAAAGCCACUGGUAGCACUGACGUCUUACCUUCAGACCACCACUUCUGCCAGACUGCAGUGACAACUGGAUCCAAGCUAGUCGCCUGCCAACCAGUCAGUCUCCUUCUGCCGGGAAGCAGGGGCACCUUGACCUCCAUUGCCCAUAUGCGUUCUCAUCACCUUCGGCACUGGCCGGAAAAAGCAGAUCUGUCAGGUCUGAACGAGUGAAGACGACCUGCGAAGGGCAGAUACUGACCUUAAGCGUCCGCCAACCUUCGGCUCCGAAAAACUAAAGGGGAUCUGUUGGUUCCGUCCCAUCUAGGAAGACCAGUAAAGGACAGUUACUGACCAAGAGCAUCCAAGUCGAUCAAGUGCUCAAAAGGAUUUCGGUUGAGACCCAUCUGGUUAUUUGUUUUUUUACAAGUUAUGGAAAACAGCUUAACACGUGCUGCUGCAUAAAAUUCAAACCCAACCCAUAAGCAGCGUGAACUACCCCUUUACUGUAAAGAAAUGCUAUUACAACAAGCUGGUGCUAUCAUACAGAACUCCUGGGUCUAACUUUUCACUCAUCCGAAGUUACGGCACACUACAACGGCUUCAAAGUAAAGAACACCAGAUAAGUUGGAAAAAAAGCAGUACACGGGACUGGGAAUUUUUUUUUUUCCAAAUGGGGAAGGGGAGUGAGAAAAGUCUCCUAUGUGAGAUGUCAAAAUAACGUCACUACCCAUUAGAUACAAGUUUACUGAAGCAGAUUUCAAAUGAUGUAUUGACCAAAACUUGCUCAAACCAAGACUGUCGCCCCCUUUUCAUUCUGUUCAUAAAGCAACGAUUACUUGUCUCGACAGAAAAUUCAAGUGGAUACGUAUCCAAGAGGGAGUGGAGAGGCUUCAGACAAUGCAUUCUUAGUACAUUACUUUCCUGAAAUAAAUCAAUAGAGUAAUAGACCAGGCCCUGCUUGUCAUAUCACAUUCAUCCUUGGGGUUACUGUGCUCUCUGCUCCAUUUUUGAUAGUGCUGAGGUUCUAUUCCUUUCUCCCUUCCCCCCAAAACCACUGUCUACCUUGGGGGUAGAGGGAGGAGGAGAGAAGGAGCAGGAACUUAAUGUUCGAUGUGUCAUGGCAGCUGAGGAGCCCGUUUCUGAUGUAUCUUAGGAACGAAAUGUCUUAGCAAAAAGUCAAACUCGGCAAUUCAAAUCAAGUUUGAACCGCCGCGCAGGCUAUUAUCAGACCAGGCCUCCUUGGCUUUAAGGUGACCUUUAAGCCACUGUCUUUCUGGUUAGGAGACAAGUUCAACCCGCCAUGAGCUGAGUGGGAAAGGAAGACUUCAAAUAGAGGAAGCUGCCACCCAGAUAACCUGUUCUCCGUUGAAGCUGGGAUGCCCCUGUCUUGUGUCUGCAGCUUGUCCCGAUCUGGGGCAGAGAGGGCACAGAUAGCGGUGCUCUGGCUGGAGAAAUGGUGAGCAUCAGCUGACUGACGCCACAGAUGAGAAGCACAGUCCACCCUGAAAUUAGUAUCACUGAGAACAUAACCCUGUGGGUAGUGGAGUAGGGAGGCGGGGAAGGAUGGAAAAUAGCUACCCAACCCUGGUGAUCCUCAGAAAGCCUUUGGUUUCUGGCACUGCACUAAAUGAGCACGUGGAUUCUAAUAGCCAAUACCUUGAAGGUGGCACCGUGGCAGAUGAUGCCAAUUUUAUACAACGGUUUCCAGCCAGCUUAUUCAUUUUAGCCACUCAGGAUCGGAGAGCCGCUUUCUAAACUGCUACAUUGGCAGUAGCUCCGUGGGCUAGUGGAAAACCUAACUGGUCUAGGUGCUGGGAGGCCUGGGCUCGCUGAUCUUCCCAGUAACUACUUGCUUUGGGGCCUCGGGUGACACACCUUCCCCAGAGCCGGCAGAGAAAAGGCAAUGAUGGUUGGGGCUCCUCAGACGAAUGACAAGGGCCUUUCCAAGCUAUUCCCCGGAAUCAGCAGUAGCACGUAGACAUUGAAACCCUACUUUCACCCACCCCAACUUGAGUUUUUAUCAAAAAUAAUACAAAAGAUGGCUUGUGUAUCCAGGCGCCAAAAUCACUGUCUGAAAAUGAAAUGGGUAGGGCUAAAGCGAUAUAAAAUAUCCAUCUGGUUUGCCUCGAGCUGUUUCUUAAUUGGGAAUGUGGUCUUAACUCAGUGCCAAGAGGAAAAACUGGGCCAGCUCACCUGUUGGGGAACUAGGAGACAACUGCUCUGGCUCACUUAGAUAAGCAGUGAUUCACCACAGCCUACUAACCUUGGGGACCCUCCCUCCACCAAGAAGUCAAGCAAGCUUACCUGUGACAGGAGGCUUAAAUGAUGCGGUUUUUAGCCCUGGUUGGUUCUGGGAAGAAGGGGAGCACUGUUACUUUGGGGAAGAUCAUGAAAUACUGUUAAUGCCUGUUCCUUUCAGGAAGCUGACUGACACGUGUAGAACUCUCUGCUGCUGCAGAGUCUCACUUACCUCACAAGUUUCUUUUAAUAAAAGAAAAUUUUAAUUCCA